UGUUCUGGUGAUCUACUCAGGACUCUUAGAAAGCUGAACCGAAUUCAUUCUUCGGUGGGUUUUUUGUGUGUGGUGAGUUGUGUGCAUCUGAGAGUGCAACAGGACUCGCAAUCCCUCGGAUGCUUUAGUUAUUUGCCUGUCUCCACUAAAACGGGAUUAACAUCCCCCCUCGGGAUUUCCAGCAGCCUCAGCCUCCUCUCGCAUCCCGCUGUCACAACACAGACUACGCUCACACAGAGCGAUGAGAGGAAGGAGAGAAUGGACGAUGCUGUCAACAGUUGGAUGUCCACACACCUAAAGAAGACUUCAUGAUCAAUGAAAUAAUUUGCCACCACUCGAGAGUGGGUACCAUGAGAGAGCUAUCAAUCAUGCAAAGCCAGCACCCGGAUGUUGCAACAUGUUUUUCGCAACUCUCUUGGAUAACUACAGAAAGCACUUUAUAAUAUGCGGAUGAAUAAGAUUUAAUGGACGUCGAUGUGUAUGUCCUCUGACUCAGUUGCGGAUACUUCUCUAGACGCAAAUUUUCGAUGUGGAAGAGGGGAUGCAAGACGCAGAAGAACAGUCAGAAGGGGCAAAUUAUGCCAGCAGCACCAGAGCCCCUCCCUCUGGUGACGAUCCACCCCUUUGGCACACAAGCCCCGCCCUCGCCGACCCACCACCCCUGGUCCACUCUGGAAGCCUAUCCUGGGAGGCUGCGAUCGAUGCUGCUCGCAGUGCCCAGGGUGGCGCCCCACCAACUAUGAGAAGCCACUCCACAGCGGGCUCGGCUCCCGUGGGGUCCCUCUCCCAGCGCAAGCGACAGCAGUAUGCCAAGAGCAGGAGCAAAGGUAGCACCAACAACAACCGCCCCCCGAGGGCCCUCUUCUGCCUCACCCUCAACAACCCCAUACGCAGGGCCUGCAUUAACCUGGUGGAGUGGAAACCUUUUGAUAUCUUUAUAUUACUGUCUAUUUUUGCCAACUGUGUGGCCUUAGCUGUUUACGUCCCCUUUCCCGAAGAUGACUCCAACUCAAUCAAUCAUGACCUGGAAACAGUAGAAUAUGCCUUCCUCAUCAUUUUUACAAUAGAGACUUUUCUGAAGAUCAUAGCCUACGGACUUGUAAUGCACCAGAACUCAUACGUCAGAAACGGCUGGAACAUGCUGGACUUUGUCAUAGUUAUAGUGGGGUUGUUUAGUGUGAUACUGGAGGUGAUCACCAAAGAGGGCGACGUGGCGGGUCCAGGCGGGGGGAAGCCAGGGGGGUUUGACGUGAAGGCGCUACGAGCUUUCCGGGUGCUCCGUCCCCUCCGUCUCGUCUCGGGAGUGCCAAGCCUGCAGGUGGUCCUGAACUCCAUCAUCAAGGCCAUGGUCCCCCUCCUGCACAUCGCCCUCCUCGUGCUCUUCGUCAUCAUCAUCUACGCCAUCAUCGGCCUGGAGCUCUUCAUCGGCAAGAUGCACGCCACCUGCUACCUGCUCAGCACAGGUGCCCUGGCGGAAGACGAGCCGACUCCGUGUGCCGUGUCGGGUCACGGGCGCAACUGCCCGGUCAACACCACCGCGUGCAAAGAAGGCUGGCACGGCCCCAACAACGGCAUCACCAACUUUGACAACUUCCUGUUCGCCAUGCUCACCGUGUUCCAGUGCAUCACCAUGGAGGGCUGGACAGAUGUGCUGUACUGGAUGAACGAUGCCAUGGGCUUUGAGCUCCCGUGGAUCUACUUUGUUAGCCUGGUCAUUUUUGGGUCAUUUUUUGUCCUUAAUCUGGUUCUGGGAGUGCUGAGUGGAGAGUUCUCCAAGGAGCGAGAAAAGGCCAAGGCGCGCGGAGACUUCCAGAAGCUGCGGGAGAAGCAGCAGCUGGAGGAGGACCUGAAGGGCUACUUGGACUGGAUCGCUCAGGCCGAGGACAUCGACCCCGAGAAUGAGGAGGACGGGCAGCAGGAGGGCAAACGCAACAGGGUGACUUUGGCUGACCUCACUCAAAAGAAGAAAGGGAAGUUCGGCUGGUUCAGCCAGUCGACCGAGACACAUGCGAGCAUGCCCAUUAGCGAGACGGAGUCGGUGAAUACAGAUAACCCAAACGGGGAGGAUGACAAGGCCCACUGCUGUGGACCACUUUGUCAAAAAAUUACAAAAUCCAAAUUCAGUCGGCACUGGCGCCGCUGGAACAGGUUCUGCCGCAGGAAGUGUCGCCUGGCGGUGAAAUCCACCACCUUCUACUGGCUGGUGAUCCUCCUGGUGUUCCUCAACACGCUGACCAUCUCCUCUGAGCACUACAACCAGCCAGACUGGCUCACGCACGUGCAGAAUGUGGCCAACAAGGUGCUGCUUGCCAUGUUCACGUGUGAGAUGCUGAUAAAGAUGUACAGCCUGGGCCUGCAGGCCUACUUCGUGUCGCUCUUCAACCGCUUCGACUGCUUCGUGGUGUGCGGGGGCAUCGUGGAGACCAUCCUGGUGGAGCUGGCGAUCAUGUCGCCCCUCGGCAUCUCCGUGCUCCGCUGCGUGCGCCUGCUACGCAUAUUCAAGGUCACACGUCACUGGGCGUCCCUGAGUAACCUGGUGGCGUCUCUGUUGAACUCCAUGAAGUCCAUCGCCUCCCUGCUGCUUCUGCUCUUCCUCUUCAUCAUCAUCUUCUCCCUGCUCGGCAUGCAGCUCUUCGGCGGCAAGUUCAACUUCGACGAGACUGUGACCAAGAGGAGCACGUUUGACAACUUCCCUCAGGCGCUGCUCACUGUCUUUCAGAUAUUGACAGGCGAGGACUGGAACACAGUCAUGUAUGAUGGGAUCAUGGCCUAUGGCGGGCCUUCCUCCUCUGGCAUGGUGGUCUGCAUCUACUUCAUCAUCCUCUUCAUCUGUGGAAACUACAUCCUCCUGAAUGUCUUCUUGGCUAUCGCCGUUGACAACCUGGCAGAUGCCGAGAGCCUGAACACGGCUCAGAGAGAAAAGGAUGAGGAGAUCCAGAGGAGGAAGAGCAUCAGGAGUGACAGUAUAUGCAGAAAAGAAGAUGAAAAGAAAGAAGCUAAGGAUGGGGAAACUAAGGUUGCAGUAGAGGAGCCUGUAGAGGAGGAGAAAGGUCCCACCUCAGACUCAGGUGAGGAGGAUGAGGAAGUGGAGGUGCCUGAGGUUCCCGCCGGGCCACGCCCUCAGAGACUGACAGACCUCAACCUCAAGGAGAAGAUUCAGCCCAUCCCUGAGGGAAGUGCCUUCUUCAUCUUCAGCAAGACUAACCCCAUCCGAGUGGCCUGUCACCGGCUGAUCAACCAUCAGAUCUUCACCAACCUCAUCCUCGUCUUCAUCAUGCUCAGCUCUGUCUCCCUGGCCGCAGAGGACCCCAUCCGCAACUUCUCCGCCCGCAACAUCAUUCUUGGUUAUUUUGACUAUGCAUUCACGGCUAUCUUUACGGUAGAGAUCCUGCUCAAGAUGACUGCGUUUGGGGCUUUCCUCCAUAAAGGGGCCUUCUGCAGGAACUACUUCAACCUGCUGGACCUGCUGGUCGUCGGGGUGUCACUAGUGUCCUUUGGCAUUGAGUCAUCAGCCAUCUCGGUGGUGAAGAUCCUGCGUGUGCUUCGAGUGCUGCGGCCCCUCAGAGCCAUCAACAGAGCCAAGGGCCUCAAGCAUGUGGUGCAGUGCGUGUUUGUGGCCAUCCGCACCAUUGGCAACAUCAUGAUCGUCACCACGCUCCUCCAGUUCAUGUUUGCCUGCAUUGGUGUGCAGCUCUUUAAGGGAAAGUUCUACCGCUGCACAGACGAAGCCAAAUCAAGUCCAGAGGAAUGCCAAGGCACAUACAUCCUGUAUAGCAUUGGUGAAACAGCGCUGCCUGUCAUCAAACAUCGGGUGUGGCACAACAGCGACUUCAACUUUGAUAAUGUGCUCAUGGCCAUGAUGGCCCUCUUCACUGUCUCAACGUUUGAAGGCUGGCCAUCGCUCCUGUACAAGGCCAUUGACUCCAACAAAGAAAACAUGGGCCCCAUUUAUAACUAUCGUGUAGAGACCUCCAUCUUCUUCAUCAUCUACAUCAUCAUCAUCGCCUUCUUCAUGAUGAACAUCUUUGUGGGUUUCGUCAUCGUCACCUUCCAGGAACAGGGGGAGAAAGAAUACAAGAACUGUGAGCUGGACAAAAACCAGCGGCAGUGUGUAGAGUAUGCCCUGAAGGCACGUCCGGUGAGGAGGUACAUCCCUAAGAACCGCCACCAGUACAGGUUCUGGUACGUAGUGAACUCAGCGGGCUUUGAGUACAUCAUGUUCGUACUCAUCAUCCUCAACACGCUCUGCCUGGCCAUACAGCACCAAGGCCAGUCUGGUCUCUUCAACUAUGUGAUGGACAUCCUCAACAUGGUGUUCACUGGAGUCUUCACCGUGGAGAUGAUCCUCAAAUUGAUUGCCUUCAAACCAAGGAAUUAUUUCGCCGAUGCAUGGAACACGUUUGAUGCCUUAAUUGUUGUUGGUAGCGUCGUUGACAUUGCAAUCACAGAGAUGAAUAGCACGCAGGACAGCGCCCGAAUCUCCAUCACGUUUUUCCGCCUCUUUCGGGUCAUGCGAUUGGUCAAGCUGCUGAGUCGAGGCGAGGGCAUUCGAACGCUCCUGUGGACCUUCGUCAAGUCCUUUCAGGCCCUUCCCUAUGUAGCUCUGUUGAUAGCCAUGCUCUUCUUCAUCUAUGCUGUCAUUGGCAUGCAGGUGUUUGGAAAAAUCGCCAUGGUCGACGGCACGCAGAUCAAUCGGAACAACAACUUCCAGACUUUUCCCCAGGCCGUGCUGCUGCUCUUCAGGUGUGCCACGGGAGAAGCGUGGCAGGACAUCAUGUUGGCGUGCUUGCCAGGGAAGCUGUGUGACUCGGACUCCGACGACAACCCCGGUGGGGAGAAGACGUGUGGCAGUAGCUUUGCCAUCAUCUACUUCAUCAGUUUCUACAUGCUCUGCGCCUUCCUGAUCAUAAAUUUGUUUGUUGCUGUUAUUAUGGAUAAUUUUGAUUACCUUACCCGUGAUUGGUCCAUUCUGGGUCCUCAUCACUUGGAUGAGUUCAAGAGGAUCUGGUCGGAGUAUGACCCUGAAGCCAAGGGCAGAAUAAAGCAUCUGGAUGUUGUGACUCUUCUGCGACGGAUUCAGCCACCUCUAGGGUUUGGCAAGUUGUGUCCUCAUCGAGUAGCCUGUAAGAGGCUGGUUGCCAUGAACAUGCCCUUGAACAGUGAUGGGACGGUCAUGUUCAAUGCCACCCUAUUCGCUCUGGUUAGGACUGCUCUGAAGAUAAAAACAGAAGGGAACCUGGAUGAAGCCAAUGAGGAGUUGAGGGCAGUCAUAAAGAAGAUCUGGAAAAGGACGAGCAUGAAGCUGUUGGAUCAAGUAGUUCCUCCUGCUGGUGAUGACGAGAUAACGGUGGGGAAGUUCUAUGCCACCUUCUUGAUACAGGACUACUUCAGGAAAUUCAAGAGACGCAAAGAGCAAGGGCUUGUGGGACUCCAUCCUGCCAGACUCAACACCACCAUCGCACUGAAGGCUGGCCUGCGCACACUGCAUGAUAUUGGGCCAGAGAUUCGCCGAGCCAUAUCAUGUGACCUGCAGGAUGAAGAUGCAAAUGUGGAAGAAGAGGAUGAAAUUUACAGGAGGAAUGGAGGCCUGUUCGGCAACCACCUCAAUCACGUGAAUGGGGACAACCGCGAUUUGACCCACCAAACCAACGUCACCCAGCGACCUUUGCAGGUGCCGCCGCUCCCCUGCAAUGCCCACGCAGAUCCCACACAGUUGCUGCAGGAUGACGGCCCGCUCUAUGCCAAUGUCAAUGCCAGCUUCUGCCACAAGUCCUCUAACGCCAACCUCAACAAUGCCAACGUGCCCUCUCUGCCUGCCGUCACCAAUGGGGGGCACAACCAACACUCCGAGCAUGCGGCUGCCACACGGCUCUCCUCCCUGGGCUCCUACCUCAACCUCAGGAGUGACGGUGACCCUCUUAGGAGGGUUAACUCCAGAAGAGCACGCUACUAUGAAACCUAUAUUAGGUCUGACUCAGGGGCCAGCUGUUACCCCACUAUCCGCAGAGAGGUGCCCGUGGCUGGGGACGGGAGUGACGAGGAGCGGGGCUCUGGAGAGUACUACAGCGGCGAGGACUUCCAGGAGGAUGAAAUCAUGCUGGCGGGUGACAGGAGGAGGUCCUACCGGGAGUAUCACGACACUGUGAGCCAUUUGGACCCGGAGACGACCAGGGGCUAUCACCACCCCGAGAGUUUCUUUGACGACGACGAGCAGCCCAUCUACCAGGAGUGCCGGAGGUCACCCAUACGCCGGCUGCUCUCCUCCUCCCCCCAGACUCCUCACCGGCCGGCCUUCAGCUUUGAGUGUCUGCGCAGGCAGAGCAGUCAGGACGAGACGCCGCUGUCUCCUGCUUGUAACCACCGCACUGCACUACCUCUUCAUCUGAUGCAGCAUCAGGUGAUGGCAGUGGCUGGACUGGACGCCAGCCGGGUCAGGCUCUCUCCGACCCGCUCCAUCCGCUCCUGGGCCACGCCGCCCACCACCCCCGGCGCCUACACGCCACUCAUCCAGGUGGACUGGCACGGCGGGCCCCCCAGUGCCAGUAGCACCCCCGACACGGCCCGCGGGAGCUCCUGGUACACGCCGCAGCUGCCGGCGCGCAUGUCCCGCUCCACUCCCCACUCGCGGAGCUUCACGCACCGGCCCCUCCGCUCCUCGCACUCCUCACACUCCCCCAGCCACCUGCAGAUCCCCCUGGACUUCCACAGCAGGCACAGCCAGAAGAGAGGCAGCGCAGACAGUCUGGUGGAGGCGGUACUGAUCUCAGAGGGUCUGGGAAAGUUUGCGAAGGAUCCCAAGUUCGUGGCAGCGACCAAGCAGGAGAUCGCCGAUGCGUGCGAGAUGACCAUCGACGAGAUGGAGAGCGCCGCCAGCGACCUGCUGAAUGGCGGCAUGCCGGACGCGGACGCCGCCGCCUCGGACAACCCCGACGGGCGCCGCCCGCGCAGCCUGCACUACUACAGCGAUGAGGAGGUGGAGGCCAGCGGGAAGCACGAGGAGGACCUGACAGACGAAAUGAUAUGCAUCACGACGCUAUAGCAUCGGCUCCACCACAAACUCUACAUGAGGACAACUUAAAAAGUGCCUUUCCAAACAGGGAAAAGAAGAGGACAAGUCUGUUUCUGACGAGUUGGGGCCUUACGGCUCUACCGGUCUGAAAAAAGGGAAGGGGAGGGGGGACCUUGGCACCCAUUUCCAAGGGGAAGGGUGAGGAUAUUUCAGUAGUGUAGGACAGAGCAGUAUGGGGCGCCACAGGAAGCAGACAGCUAGACAUACGUUAAGGGAUUUUGAUGAGGUGACUUAAGUGAGGUUGAACACUUUGUGGGUGUAUUCUUUUAAUUCACAUAUCAACCAAUCAUGUUUCCUGUUUGCGGUCAUAUCCUCCCCUCUAAAUGCCUUACCACUUUACCCCCCGUUUACACCAAAAACCUAAAUAGUGAACCGUCGUGUCUGAAAACUGCCGGUCUUUUUUUCCAUUCCACGGUGUCAUAAACAUUUUUACUUAGAUAUCACGUCAUCUUUAAUCCAUAUUAUCAAACUUGAACGUCAGACUCGCUUUUGUUAUUAUUUUUCCGAAAUCACACCCCACAAAGAGAGACAAACAGCCAGGCGAUUGAAGUUCUUUGUUUCGGUAGAUUAUUUAUUGUAGUAUUGUAGACAUACUUUGAGAUACUUUAUAUUUGGUAAGUGACUGGCCUAAUGCAGAUAUCUUAGCAAUAUUCUCCCACUUCUUGUGGAAUAGAUUGCUCUUAUUUAACUCAAGUAGAUGUAUAUGUUUAAUGACGUACAAUGUUAUUUUGCCUUUAAUUUUUUCGCACUGAUGCAUUGCAUUCAAGCAUAGCAGUUUUAGAAUGAUAUGAGCCAAUGUGAAUUUACAGCGCACAUGAUAUGCAGAAGACCAAUUUCCUGUAACUGACCAUUCAGGUUCUGUUUGGAUCAUCCUUCAUUUUCUCCACUCUGACCAAGAGUGGAGAGGGUGUCUUAGUAGUUGUAGUUCUACUUAUAGUCACGACUACAGUGAAAGAUGGGUCUUCUGCCUAUCCUGUGCAUGACAAGUGCACAAGUAGAGAAUCCUUAAAUGCUUUUUUUGCAUUUACCAUGCUGCUUGAUGAGUUGGUCAAGGAACUAUUUUAUAAGUCUGAUUUAACAAAAGAGAAAUCAAUCUGUUCAGAUCCCAGAGAUGUAAACACCACAGACUUCAUCAGUGCACUCUAGCCUCUUUUUUUUCUAACUGAAAACCAACAGAUCAUUUUGAUAUGAAGCUCGGGGGCGUUGGUUUAAGUGUCCUCGGACUGCUUCUGUUUUAUACCCGUUUAGGAACUAUGUUCUCUGGUGAUGAUAAUGGUGAUAUUUUGUAACUGUAAAAUGUGAACGCUGUUGGUGAUUUCACCUGUGUUAUACACGACUACUCCCAGUCCUCAGGUACAGAGUACUCUUCACUCUUGACUCCGCUCUCAAACAGACCUGGAGCCUUCAUUUUUCUAAGGCCAUCACUGCCAUCAGUACCGCUGCCAAUGACAUGCCCUUCGGUCUCUCACCUCCCCACCCCCUCCAACAGCUAGUCAGUUUGAAUGGGGACUAAGACUGCCUACUGUGUGCUACUGUUUGCAAACAUGUGAACACCUUGGUCACAUCUGUCCAAAGCAACUGAACUGUAACUGCCAUUUACUUCCUCUACCAAAUUAUUUUUUUUACCAAGUUCUAUUAAACAUAUAAAAUCUGUUUUUGCAAAAA